AUAUCUUGUGACAAACUUUCAAAUUAUUUUUAAAGAUAUUUUUCAGCAUUUUGCUGUAAAAAUGUGUAAACAUAAAAAUAGGGUUAGGUUUGCGGCGAUUUUCGAAAACAACAAAAAACUGGCACUGGCAUGAUAGUUGAUCCGCCAUUGUUUUUUUCUUGCGGAUUUGGUGUUGCAACAGAAUCGCCAAAAACUCAGUUUUCUCCAAGUAUUUUUCAUUUAAUGUCCCUUUGAGUAGUUGCAAAAGAUUCCCUUAGCACAAUGGAAGUAGAUAUGAGUUUGGAUGAGAUCAUAAAGAAGAAAAAGGGGCAGAAAAAUGCCAAAAAUGGAUUGGGCGUGAAAAACAAGGGAGUGAAGAAGGCCAAGCAGACUCAGGUGAAGCAAGUGAAGCCGAUGAAGCAGACACUGGUGGAUGCGCGUAUGAAGAUAAUCCAGAAGAAUCGUGCCAAGAUCCGUGAUGCUCGAGAUAAAUUGAGCGAAAUCGCUCGGAAAACUGAUGCCAGACUCAAGAUUGGCAGGAAGUUGAAUGCCAGCUUUCCUGGAGGCUUGAGGAGUGCUAAAUUGAAGCAGAGUGGACCACUUGCUAGGCCCAAGAAGCCGCUCAAUCGGGGUUACAGUGCUCCUAACAUAGCUCCGAGCAAUCCCCUGUACAUUGGAGCCCCCCGCGGGUAUGUUGAUCAUGAUCGAAUGGAGUCCGACGAGAUCACUUUCCCUGUCGAAUCCCCAGUGCUGCGACGCACAGUCAGCAAUAAUCUCGCUUUUGGAGGUCACAGUUCCGGACGCACUCUGGAUGCAGAUCCUUUCGAUCUCUACGAGUUGCCACGACGUCAGGAGCCCUUCCUGACACGUCAGAUCUAUCCUGGGCCAUCAGAGUCUCUGUCACCGCGCAAGGGAAUCCUCAGACGUGGUGCCUUGGAUUCCCCGCCGCGAAUCAUUGAGCGACGCUACAUUCCGGACGAGAACUCACAGCUUUCCUACGAGAUGCGCUCCCGCCUCGAACGUGCCCCCGAUCCCAGGGCUUCCGUAGGAAUGUUCUCCAGGCGUGAUCCUACUCCAUCGCCCCCACCGGCUCCCGAAGGGUAUCGCAUUGUCGUGAGCAAUCUGCAUCACAGUGUCACGCAGAAUGACAUUGUGGAGCUCUUUGAGGACAUUGGGCAACUGAUGGAGGCACGCCUGGUGAGGCCUGGAGUGGCCGAGGUGAUUUUCAAGGGGCUAAAGGAUGCCGAACAGGCCGUGGAUACCUACCACAAUCGCCAACUCGAUGGGCUGCCAAUGAAGUGUUUGCUGGUGAAUCCCAAGUCGCCUGCAACUCUCAAGCGAUCCAGCGGCCUGACCAGAUCAACCAGCAAGUCUUCAAAGGAAGCACUCGAAAUUGACAUUGAUGCUCUUCACUCUGUCCUGUUCCGGCGCUAAAAGGGAUCCGGACAAUACUGGGAUUUAAUUUAUCUUCAUUUAUUGAUUUUCGCGUGAAAAAAAAUGAAUAUUUGAUAAAGGAAGAAAAUAAAUAAAAAGAGAAAAUCGGUUGGAAAA